GAGAGAGAGUCACAACCAAUCAAAAGAUUCAAAUGACCAUUUCUUGAUUGGUUUGAACACCAGCCAAUCAAAAAUUCUCUAAUGACUCACAAGCAAUCCCUUAUUUUUUUUUUUAUUUUUUCCCUCUCCGUUUAUUCUCUUUUUAAAAAAAAAACCUUUUUUUUUUGCCCUUUUUUCCCUUGUAAAAGAGAUCGCAUAGAUAGAAAAACAAUAACACUUUUUAUAUAUUCCCUUUUAAUUAUUUUUAACCUUCCUUUCUUAAACCAUAGACAAAAUUUUUUUCCCCUUUUCCCAUCAUGAUUUCCAUUUUAGUUAUUGUUUAAAAAAUAGUGAUUUUUUUUUUCAACAAAAAAAAAGAAAACAUAGCUCAUUUUUUCCAAACAAACUUAUCGAUUCAACAACAA